AUGAUGAUUGCGCCAACAAACAAACCGACAAUGGUCAAAUGGGAACAUCUCUCCUUUGUGAUCAUGGACGCCCCUAAUGACAGUAAUUUGCACAUUUACUUAAAGGAGCUCAAGAAACACAACGUUACGAACGUUGUGCGUGCCUGUGAAGUCACUUACAGCAGUGAAUCUGUCGAGGCUGCUGGUAUUCACGUGCACGAGCUCGAAUUCCCGGAUGGUGAAUCGCCUGAUCCAGAUAUAUUGGAUCAAUGGCUUGAUCUGGUGGAAGAAUGUUUCAAGGAUAAUGCCAUUGAUUGUAAGAACAAUAAGUCGAUCGCUGUGCACUGCGUCGCCGGACUUGGCCGAGCUCCUGUGCUGGUAGCUAUUGCAUUGAUCGAAUAUGGACUGGACCCUAUCAAUGCCGUGGAGCAUAUUCGUAAGUUUCGGCGUGGAGCUAUAAAUUUGCGACAGCUCAAGUAUCUGGAGAAGUACCAGCCUCGGCGUGGUAACAAGGGAAAAUGUUGCAUCAUGUGA